AUGUCACCCUCAGACACAAGCGAUGGCUCUCUUGUUCAGCUAAUGAACACUCAAUCUGGAGGAGAAUCAGCACGGCCCCUGGAAAUCGACUCAACGUCUCUGCCGUUACCUUCACAUCUCGAGCGAAGCAUCUCUGAAACUGCCACAUCAGAAAAUGCUUUCCUGCCCUCUUUGGCCGACUUCAACUUCCACCAAUGGAGUCCUGAUGCCCUGUUCACAAGUCAAACCCAUUCUACACAGGAUGACUGGUAUCCCUCGGAUUCUCAGAUUACGCGUGGCUGUGAGCUCUUCUUCGACCAUGUGGCCGGAUUUUUACCGUUUUUACACCGACCGACCUUCAACACGCAUCAAACUUCGAAAGCGCUACUCUUGAGUGUGCUCGCACUUGCAUAUCAGUACGGCGAAAACCCCGAUUCUGGCGAUGAUGUAGGUUCGGGACAAAGCUUGUCUGUGCAAUGUUUCUAUCGAGCACGGGCAUCCAUCGCCACCGAAGAAGAACAUGUGGAUGAAUCUUUGCAUGGUGUAACACUAGUGCAGGCUUAUCUUCUACUCGAAGUUUUCGCUUUGAUAUACUCUACAGAUAACGACGCCGCGUAUGGGUUGAAGACACACUCAAAGAUGAUAUGCUUGGCUCGAGCCGUUGGCUUGAUGCAGCCUGAGUCUGUACCGCCCCCAGAGACCGAGGACCUGGAAUCCCUAUGGCUCGUUUUUGCACGGGCUGAGUCGGCUAAGAGGACUCUGUUCGCAGUUCACCAGAUCGAUACGCUGUGGUAUCAGAUUCUAUCGAUACCGCGCUCCCUCUCGCAUCUAGAGAUCAAGCACGAUCUUCCAUGCCGCGAGACCUUUUUCGAAGCGUCUUCUUCUGCCGAGUGGGCGGUGAAACAGCUCUGCAAUAAGAAUCAGAAUUCCACAGUACCCUAUCCGGACGCUGUGCGGCGCUUGCUAUCUGGUGACCACCUAAGCGCUAUUCCAGACUUUGAUCCUUACGGUACCAUCAACAUUACGCACUUCAUACUUUCUAGCGCAAGGGAAAUAUCAGGCUGGUCUUCAAUGACUGGCAUGUUGAGUAUGGACCGGAUCGAGCCAUUGCGUGCCGCUCUUCAAGCCCUUGGACCAUAUGCCCAUCCAGAAACACCGAAUGGCACCCAGACACCAUCUGCAGCGCUAUGGGAGGCGACAUGGGAAACUGCUAUGAUCGACAUGCAAUCGUGGUCUCCAUCACAUACGGGGGGCAUCAUUGCGAACAGUCUUGAUGCCAGUCUGCACCAAAUGACCGUCAUGGCGCCGUCAUUCGACCUCAUGUGCAAAUCGAAGAUUGCCUCCACGAUACAACCUCAUGUCGACUGGUUCCUGCGCUACCUGGAUGCUACGCUAGUUCCGGAUACCGAAGCACCCUGGGUCAUACUAUACGCUUACAAAGCGUUCAUGAUCGCAUGGCAACUGCUAGAUGGCGGUGCGAAAGGGUGCAUGCAAGUUGUUGGGGUGCAAGACGGAGAUCGCGAAGCAGCACUUGCGUGGGCAAAGAAGGCCUUUGGACGCCGCAUACAAUGGAAGCUUGGGAAAGUUGUUGUCAACUGCUUGGACAACCUCAGAGUGUGA